CUUUUACAGUAUGAACUACACAGGUAAAUGACCUGUGUCGAAUGUAGGGUGUUUAUUUUGUCGAAGUGCGAUGUUGUCCUAUACAAAUUGAGGAGUUAAGUUUUGUACUGUAGAAACCUAAGGAGGGUGGAUAUUCGAACUGCAGACACUGGCGGAGAGUGGAGACACGAACGCACAUUCGUGGAAUUUUUAGGAGAAUAUGGUACUGAAGGCGGCCAUAAUCGUUUUAAUCCUUGCUGUAAUAGUAAUGUAUUUCACAAAGAACGGAAACAACACAGAUGAAGAAGUCUUACUAAAUUCUUCCUAUGAUUACAUUAUACUGGGAGCAGGUUCAGCUGGGUGUGUUCUUGCAAACAGAUUGUCCGAGAAUCCGGAAUCCUCAGUACUUAUCCUAGAAGCCGGUGGUUCCGAACUUGAAAAUCUCAAUAUAAGUAUCCCAUUAGCCUGCUCUAAUGUACAGCUAUCAAAGGAAGACUGGAUGUUCAGAAGCGUACCUCAGAAGAAAGCGUGUUUAGCAAUGCGUGACAAGCGAUGUGCCUGGCCACGUGGAAGAGUUCUUGGAGGUACUAGUAACCUGAACUUCAUGCAAUAUGUCCGUGGCAGUCGUCAUGACUACGAUGGUUGGGCAAGAGAGGGGUGUGCUGGAUGGAGCUAUAGAGACGUACUCCCAUAUUUCAUUAAAUCAGAAGAUGUUCAGAUACCAGAGCUUCAAAAGUCAGAAUAUCAUGGAAAAGGAGGCUAUUUGUCUGUUAGUGACGGGACUGCCACCCCCCUCAAUAAGAAUGUAUAUGCCCGAGCAAUGGAGGAACUCGGAUACCCCAUCACAGAUUGCAAUGGAAAAUCACAGAUAGGUUAUUGUCCAUCUCAGGAAACGGUUAAGAAUGGAGAGCGUUGUAGUACUGCAAAAGCCUUUCUAAGACCCGCCAUGGGACGCAAGAACCUUCACGUCUCCACGAAUUCACAUGUUACAAAGAUUCUGAUCAACGAGAAGAAGACAGUGGGUGUCACGUUUGUGAAAGACAACAGGAAGCACGUAAUCAUGGCAAACAAAGAAGUAAUAGUUUCUGCGGGAGCAGUUAGCUCACCCCAAAUCCUGAUGCUAUCUGGAAUAGGACCAAAAGAUCAUCUAAAAUCAAAAGGGAUCCCAGUGAUUGCUGAUCUUCCUGUUGGAGAUAACUUACAGGAUCAUUUAAUGACAGGCAUAGAUUUCCAUGACAAUUCCUCAAGUGUGGCGAACAUUGCCAUGGCUUCGUCACCCUUAACCAUUUUCAAAUACUUAGCAAUGAAAUCAGGUAGCUUGAGCAAGUCUCAUCUGGAGGGCACGGCGUUUCUCACGGACGACGAAAAGCUUCCACCUCAUUUACAGUUUCACUUCUACAGCUUUACUUACGGUCCAGAACUCACUCAACAAUAUAUAGAUAAUUUUAAUAUUGAUUUAAAGUUACAAGAAGGCAAGGAAAAGGAAUUUCAAGAGAGGGUUGACAAGAAUAUAGAAGCAUUUAUCAUGCUACCGAUUCUUCUCCAUCCCAAGAGUAAAGGGACCAUACGCCUUCAGAGUGUUGAUCCUUUUGAUCCGCCACUCAUAGAUCCAAACUACCUUGAUCACCCAGACGACAUCAAGACGUUCUUGAGGGGAGUACGAGAAUUUGUGCGGCUAAGUGACACUAAAGCUUUUCAUUCAGUCGGUGCCUAGUUCAUACUUAUUGAUGGGUAGUUUCUGAGACAAUAGAUGAUGAAAAGGGUUAAGAGAAAAGUGAUCAAUCUCAUAAAUGUUUUAAAAGUACAAAUGUGAGAGUAGGACAGACACAAAUCCUGGAAAAAAGAACUGGAUUGGGUCCUUAAGAAUAACGAUCUUUCCAGUUGACGUGAUCCAAUUAUCUUGAUUAGGUAAACGGAGUAAUACGUAGUUAAUAUAAAUUCAUUAGGAAAACAACGAUCCAUCAGAUGAGUGAAAAAUUCUCGAGAGGAACGUUAAACAAUAUAAAUUAUAAAAAAAAACCAAUGUAUUACAAAUAGCAUAUUUCUGCUAGUGAUAAAAAUUAAAACAUUAACAAGGAUAUUAAAAUUCUUUAUUUCACCUGCUUCAGAAUUACAGUAUCAUCUACAAAAAUAUAGCAACACUUGCUCUGUUAGUUAAUCACUUGUGUCUGAUCUCUGUGUGUGUUCUUGAUGUAGGAAUGAAUUGAUGUCUAGAUAUGAGAAUUAUAUAAACAAUAAUUUCCAACAUGUUGUAUAAUAUUUUUCACAGCUAAUCAGACAUUCAGAUUUUGGUUUUAUUAUAAUUCUUUGCUUAAUAGCUAAAGUUCUCAUAUACCUCUUGCUUGUCGUAAGAGGCAACUAAAUGGGGCGGUCCUUCGGAUGAGACCGCAAUAACCGAUGUAUCGUGUCACAGCAGAUGGGGCACGAUAAAGAACCCUCCCUGCUCAAUGGCCAUAAGCACCGAGCAUAAGCCUAGAUUUUGCACUUCAUCAUCGAUACUGGUCACGUUAAAUGAUAAAACAAUCAAUCAAUCUUGCCACGUGUGGGUAGCACACAUUACUUUAAUGCGUGUAUUAUUGAUGAUGCCUUGCAGAAUCCUUAAU